UCAAUCCUAAAUCUACAACACGAAGCAGACUGGACUCCAAAGAUAAGUCUUACAUUGUUAAUUUGAAUAUGCAUUAUGUAAUUAAGUCACAAUCAUUAUUGCCAAAUUAAACAUCAUAGCAAAGAUGUCUAUCUUAAUCGUCGUUACAAAUUGCGAAGAAAUUCCAAACGUAAAGAAAACUGGCUGGUAUUUGCCUGAAGUUGCUCAUCCUUACAAAGUUUUUAAAGAUGCUGGAAUUCCGAUGACGAUAGUUAGUCCUAAAGGUGGCAAAGCACCAGUCGAUUCAGGAAGUGUUGAAGCAUUCAAAGAUGAUCCGAUUUGUGCUCAACUGUAUGCAGACAAAGAAUGGAUGAGUCAAUUUGAGAUGACACAGGCUAUAGCAGAUAUUGAUGUAAGCAAAUUCAAUGUGAUUUUCUUUGCUGGAGGCCAUGGACCAAUGUUUGACUUACCAAACUGUGAUGCAUCAAACAAGACAGCUGCAAAACUAUAUGAAAAUGGAGGCAUUGUGGCAGGUGUAUGCCAUGGUGUUGUAGGCUUUCUUAAUGUGAAGCUAUCCAAUGGCGAAUGGCUGAUAAAAGGAAAGAAAAUCACCAGUUUCACAAACGAAGAAGAAGAUCUUGUGCAACUUAGUGACGCUAUGCCAUUCAUGCUCGAGACUGCAUUAAGAGAAAAGGGAGCUAUUUUUGAAGGUGCUCCACCAUUUCAGGAAAAAGUUCACGUGACAGAUCGUGUCAUCAGUGGUCAGAACCCAGCCUCAGCAACACCACUUGCAAUAAGCGUAGUGAAGAAAAUGAAAGAACUAAAAUUCAUGUCAUAAGAGAUCAACAGCCCCAUGCUAAUACGCCAUUCUCGAUUGCACUGAAAUGAGAUUCCACCGCCUGUACUGAUAGUGUGAUAAUGCUAUAAGAUUAAACCUUAAAAUACAAAGUA